AUGUCGCUUCAGGAGGUUUCUAUUGGAAAUGACUUGAAGGAUUCAUUUAAACCUACAUCCAAAUGGGUAAAUAAUGGGAUCAAUUGGAUCAAUGAUAUCGAAGAAUUUUACCGUGAACGGGCAACGAUUGAGAAGGAGUAUGCAUCGAAGUUGCUGGAACUAUGCAAAAAGCAUUUCGAGAAAAAGGCAAAGAAUUCGACCCUGUUGUCUGUUGGAGACGAACCCCAGAUCACGCCUGGAUCGUUAGAAAGUGCGUCAUUAGUACUUUGGAACGAGGUGUUGACUCAGACAGAAGCAAUUGCGGAGGAGAAGGUUCUGUUCAGUAGGGAGAUUAACACGAAGCUCGGAGACAACUUUCUGCUGUUGAAGAAUAAGACGGGCAGAAUAGCGAAACAGAUAGAAUCGAUAGACGAAUAUUUAGUAUCAGAAAAAACCAAAACAGAGGAUGAAGUUAAUAAAGCCAAGAAACAUUAUGACUCUUUAUGUGAAUCUACAGAGAGUGCAAGACAGAAAACAGAGAAAUCUUCCAGUGAGAAACACCAGCAAAAGUUGCAAGAAAAGGAAGUUGCCAUGAAUAUCGGAAAGAAUGAAUAUUUGAUCAAGAUCAAUAUUGCCAAUAGAUUAAAAGAUAAGUAUUUCUAUCAAGAUGUUCCGGAAUUGUUGGAUUAUUUCCAAGAACUUAAUGAAAGUCGUGUUGGCUUAUUGAAUAAGUUAUUAAAAAAUGCUUCCAUAAUAGAAAGAAACUCCAAUGAUCGUAUUAAGGAGAAAUUACAUAUUAUAGAUUCCACAAUCGAUCAAAAUAACCCGAAAUUAGAUGUGGCAAUGUUCAUCAAGCACAAUGCAUUCGAUUGGAAAGAACCCCAGGACUUCUACUUUAUUCCUUGCUCUAUUUGGCACGACGAUGAAAGCUUAAUAACUAAGGAACCAGAGCUUACAGAAUUGAAAAGAAGAUUGAAUGUCUGUUCUAGUGAUAUUGGAAAGUACGAAGAUCUGUGCAUCGAAAGUAAACAAAGUUUAGAAGAAAUGACGGCAUCACGUAAAGCAGAGUUGGCCAAUUUGACUUUGAAGUUUGACACUAAGUUGAACAAUUCAUUACUGCUUUUGCAAAGGUUUUUGAAGACUGAUAGUGAAAGAAUUAGAAAUGAGGUGGAAAUUGAGGUGAUUCAAAAUUUUGCUGGAGAUAAGGACCUAUCAUACGUCGAAGUGAGAGAAAAGAAGAAGUCUAAAUUUGGAUUCUUGAGAGGCAAGAAGCAUAACAACAGCGGCGGUGCUGUUGCUAAUGAUAACAGCUCGGAUACUCAUUCAUUGCACACAGUGAAAUCGGGCACUAGUCAAAAGUCACACGCAGGACUUUUCAGCCUAAGAAGAAACAGAGGACAGUCUAAUGCAUCAUCGGCAUCAACUGGACCGAAGGGUAAAGCGUUGUACCAGUACGAUGCAACUGGUGAUGAUGAAGCGUCAAUUAGUCCUGGUGAACAAUUUGAUGUUGUGGAUGAAGAUGACGGGUCAGGGUGGACAAUGAUUCGUACCAACCAAGGUAGUGAGGGUCUUGUGCCUACCGCAUAUAUAGAGGUUACUAUGGGAACACCAGCAGCUCCUAGUAUCAACAGUGGUGGUAAGAAGAAAGGGCCUUCUGUUGCACCAAAACGUGGUGCGAAAAGGGUCCAAUACGUAGAAUCAUUAUACGACUACCAAGCUGACGGAGAUGAUGAAUUGACUAUAACUGCUGGAGAUAAGAUUGCGUUAGUUCAAGCCGAUACAGACGGCAGUGGGUGGACCGAGGGGGAGUUAAACGGGGUAACUGGUAUGUUCCCAACUAGUUAUGUUAAGGAAGCGUAA